AUGCCACAGGUGCAAACAACUGUAUGUCUCUGCUUGUACGGAACCAAAGUACCUAAGCAUGUUGACUUGACUUGGACCCGUCGUCUAGUGCUCAAGUCUGCGGAGCUAAACCAGUGUGCAAGAUUGACAUUCUCCAGGCAGGAGAAUGGAGCCUCUGGAUGCGCAAUUGAGCGGUCAAUGAGCCCACCCAUUGGUCAAUUGCAACUGCCCAACAUGGACACCCUGUACGCCUCUCCUUCUUGUGCCAUCCCGUUGCCGAUUGCCACGCUUCCUGCAGCGACUGGCAUCAGCGGCAUCAAAAGGGAAAUUUUGGAUGUCAAGGUGUGUCUUGACCGAAUCGAUGGGAUCCCCAGCCAGCAUCCAGCAUCCAGCAUCCAGCAUCGACAAGGGACCAGCGGCCAGCAGCCAGCCUAG